AUGUUCAUCAACACCAAAGUUGAGGGCGGCAAGGACUUUCGUUACACCAUCUUGCCACUUGCCAAGUGCACUCUCCAAGAUGCACGCGCGAUUGCACAAAAGGACAGUAAAGUGGUUGGGGUCGUUAAACUUAAGUAUGGUUUUGCCAUCCGUUGCCGCUGGGAGCACUUCCGUCGGGUCCAACGUCAGAUCAACCCCAACUCUGUGAAUUCCGACUCUGACUCCGAAGAGAUUCAGGUUGGAAAGUUCUCCAAGCCCUUUCGCUUGGAAAAUGUCCAAACCAAGACAACGCGCAGUCAGCUUACACAGGCCUUGUUGCAAGUAGGGUGGAAGGCGCAUGUCAUCCGCGCAUUGGGCCCAUCUUCCUGGGCUGUUGUCGCCGACCAAGAUCCUCCAGUCAACCAUUUGACACUCAACGGAUACUUGGCUGUUAUCCGUGCCGAUUUCAAAGGUCCGAAGAUUGCAAAGCCUGUCAUCACGUCGCCAAUGGUCCUCAGCGCACCUGCGCCAGCCACAGCUGGUCCUGUGCAGUCCAAGUUGGAACAGUUUGAGUCCCAGAUUGAGCAAAGAAUCUCCAGGAUUGUCGCAGAGAAGCUUGAUGAACUCCAGACUCAGCUUCAGGACAAGGUAGGAACCAUUGAAUCCAAUGUCGCAGCAUUGCAGAAAGAUGCAAAUCUGAACGAGCAGCGUUACAAUGCAUUGCACCAGCAAGUGUCUUCUGUUGAGAGGACACAACAGACAAGCUUCAAUGGCUUGAUGUCGGCAAUUCAGGCAUUGACUGAGAAAGUUGAUGACAUGAAUGAUACCAAGC